AUAAAAGUAUAUAUAAAAUUUAUAGUAGAAAGUAUAUAUGUAGAUAUAAAAUAUCUGAAUACUUUCACUGUUUUGAUACGAUUCUUAUUGUCCGAUAAUUUUGUUUACCGCUUAUAAAGAUCGACUGUAAAAGUAAAACAUAGUUACUGACAAUGCAAAGAAUGUUAUGGGUUUUACUUUUUGCUGCUCAGAUAUUCUGUAGUUGUGGAAAAGUAAUUCUUUUACGUGGAGAAUCAUAUCAUAUUAAUUCAAAUGUAAGUGAGAGAAAAUAUAUAUGUCUGUCAAAAGAUGACGGCGGCGCACUUGUAGUNAAUGACGAUAUAAAACAAUAUCAGCAAGGAACUCUUACUUCUAAGCCAAUUAUCGAAAAGUCUCAGAAUACACUUAAAUACAAUACUUGGAUAAAUUGCAAACUGCCAGAACUUGCACAAAACUCUACAAAACUUAACAAACCAAACUGUUUAGAAUCUUGGUCUCUAGAAAACUGGAGUCUCACGGAUUCUUCGGAAACAUUUAUGGGUCCGGUAUUUGAUCAACGAUGGGAAGACUUUCUCGAAUUGAAGCAAAACUUUUUUUGGUACGACUUUUCAACGGCAGGUGCGGCGUCUAUUUCAAUUCGUUCAAGGCGGGACAUACAGAUUUUUAUCUGUCUCAUUAAUAAGAGCAAAGAAUCGUAUACAGAUGAUGAUGUGUGGAAGAAUUGUUUUCGGAUACUAUUAAAAUACAAGACAAAAUCCAGCAUCGAAUUCUGCAAAUUUGUUUCUAUGCAAAAGUUUCCUAAUACUAGUAUAUGGGAUUUAAAGUCUAUCAAUCACAAUUGCUCUUCCUCCAUCACAACUUGCGAAAAAUGGAUGUCAUUAUCUGCGACUGAAUGGCGAACGUUCGUCAUUUCAUGGGAUUUCUGGAAAAGAAAUAUUUCUGUUUAUGGUACUAAUAACGAAGUGCUUACAUUUGAA